AUCAUAGAUUGAGAAGUAUGGAUUCCCUUCUGAUCUUGCCUUUUCACCCCGAGAAAGCAUCCAGCUCUAUGACACUAUGCUUCAGGUCUGGAAGAGUUGGCCUCAGGCCCAGAACCUGUGUCCAGAGAACUUCGCUCAUUUUAAGAACAAAAUAGUCAUUAAAAAGUUGGAUGCUAGAAAAUAUGAGGAGAGCUUAAAGGAAGAAUUCGUGAAUUGGAUUAAAAAUGGGAACGAGGAGCAGGCCAGGAUGGUGCUGCAGAAACUGAGUCCCGAUUUCCAUGACUACUCAGGGAAGAUGCUGGACUUCUUUCCGAAUCUUGUUGAGAAGCUCAGGGAAAUGGAGAAGUUGCCUGCACUGUUCUUUUUAUUUAGAUUAGGUUCUGUAGAAGGAUGUGCUGAGGCUACCUUCGAAUUCCUGGAGAAGAAACAGGAGGAGAAAAGGCCUCCCAAAGCUGAUAAAGAAGCUUAUGACAUGGCUAACAAACUUCGAAAAGUUAAAAAAUCUUUGGAGAAACAAAAGAUAAUAGAUGAAAAAGGUCAGAAACCCUCCAGAAGAUUGGAUCAAAGCAUCAUUCAUGAAGCUGAGCACAAUUACCUCCUGAAGAGUCUGGAGAAGAAUCUGGCGAUUCCCCAGGACUGCACGUAUGCUGAUCAGAAAGCAAUAGAUGAUGAGUCAUUGCAGAUGGUAUUUAGUCGAGUGAAAUUCGAAAGGGAAGGUACCAUACUGAAGAAUUUGGCAAGAAGGGGAAUCGGCUAUCAUCACAGCUCCAUGAGUGCCAAAGAAAAGCAGCUAGUCGAAAUUCUCUUUAGGAAAGGAUUCAUUAGGGUGGUGACAGCUACUGGAACACUUGCUUUAGGAAUCAACAUGCCUUGUAAAUCUGUGGUUUUUGCUCAAAACUCUAUCUAUCUGGAUGCUUUAAAUUUCAGACAGAUGUCUGGUCGGGCUGGAAGAAGAGGGCAGGACCUGCUAGGUGAUGUCUACUUUUUUGAUAUCCCGCUGCCCAAAAUAGGAAAACUCAUAAAAUCCAAAGUACCUGAGCUGAGAGGACAGUUUCCUCUCAGUAUCUCACUCAUUCUAAGACUCAUGCUGCUGGCCUCCAAGGCAGAUGACCCAGAGGACGGCAAGGCAAAGGCACUGUCAGUGCUGAAGCACUCAUUGCUAUCCUUCAAACAUCCCCGAGUCACAGACAUGUUAAAGCUGUACUUCUUAUAUUCUUUGCAGUUCCUGGUGAAAGAGGGAUAUAUAGAUCAAGAAGGUAAUCCGACAGGGUUUGCCGGCCUGGUGUCACAUUUACAUUACCACGAACCAUCUAAUCUUGUUUUUGUCAGUUUUCUUGUGAGAGGUCUUUUCCAUAAUCUUUGUCAGCCAACUUAUAAAGGCUCAAAGCAUUUUUCUGAAGAUGUAAUGGAAAAGCUGGUUUUAGUAUUGGCAAAUCUUUUUGGAAGGGUAUAUAUUCCGGCCAAGUUUCAAGAUGCUAACAUCAAGUUUUAUCAAUCAAAGGUGUUCCUUGAUGACCUCCCUGAGGACUUUAGUGCUGCCCUGCAUGAGUACAACAUGCAAGUGACAGAGGACUUUGCUACUUUUCUGCUAAUUGUGUCCCGAUUGGCUGAUAUGAAACAGGAAUAUCAACUUCCCUUGUCAAAAAUUGAUUUCACAGGGGAAGAAUGUGAAGAUUCACCACUUGUGUCCCACUUGAUGAGCUGCGGGGAAGGCCGGGUGGCAGUUUCGCCAUUUGUCUGUCUGUCUGGAAACUUUGAUGUGGAUUUGCUCUGUCCAGGAGUUCCAAAUAACGUCAUUCUGCACACAAUUGGUAUCAAUCACAAUCAAGCCCCAGUGCUGUGGCCACACAGAUUGGAUAGUAGAGGAAGAAAAAUGCCACUUAACGCCUAUGCUCUGGACUUCUAUAAGCAUGGAUCCCUUGUGGGGUUAGAUCAGGACAAUAGGUUACAUCAAGGGGCAGCUUACUACUUGUUGAAAGAUUUUUUCCUUACUAUUAAAUCUAUCAGUGUCUCCUUGCGUGAACUCUGUGAAAAUGAAGACGACAACGUUGUUCUAGCAUUUGAACAAUUGUCUAAGUCCUUUCAGGAAAAGUUUGAAAAUGUGUGAAAAGAAAAACUAUAUAAACCACUUAAAAUAUCACCAUAGAAGCUUUGCAAGUUAUAUGUCUUUUAUUCUUAUGUCCUGAUCAGAAAAUCAUGCACAAUGAAAUGGGAUGAGGAAGCAGUUUGGCAGUUUGGCUUUGACCACCCUUUUAGCCAUAUUACACGGUGUGCCUAAGUCUUGGUUUCUUUAAAUGAUUGACUAAAAAUGCUUAUGUCUCCAAAUUAUUGAGGAUUGAAUGAGAAAAUGCGGGAUUUUGCCUAUAUAUGUUCGAAGACAUUUUUCUACUCUGUGGGAGUAGAAAAUAUAGAAAAAAUAUUGUAUUUAAAUAUUGUAUUUUAUAUAUAUAUAUAUAUAUAUAAUGUUUUUUGAAACUAGAAAAGAAUUGAUUACAGUAUCCUGAAAGUGUAAUAUAGUCUUCCCAAUCAACCUAAAGGGAUUGUACUGAUUAGAUUGCUAGCUAUUGAAAUAGUACAUCUUAGUAAAUAAGCUACUUGUAAAAAAAAAUGAAUGUUUUCAUCCAAUUUUUAAAAGGAAACAUAUAGUUUCCUAAUGUUUUACCUCAUUUUAAUUGUAUAUACAUGACUGCUGAAAUAAAGACUUCAUUGGUUU